UUAUCAAUGUGCAAAUAAAUUACUACAUUGGCUACAGUUUCACCUUUCAUAUCUAGUGAAUUUUCUUGAUUUCGCUUAGGGAUAUUCAAAAUUAAAGUUAGGGAUUGUUUGAAUUUUCAUCUGGCAAUGCUGUUCCGAUAAAUUAUGAUUUCGUCUAGAAAUAUCCCGGUUGUGAAGAAAUUGAAAUAAACGUUUAAUGAAUUUAGGAUCCAGUAGAUUUUCCAUUAAAGAGAAAGCAUAAAUAUCAAGCACUUCGAUACGGUAAAAAAUUGUCAAAAUAUCAGCCAAUAGUGUUUAUUGAUAAAUGAAAAAAUGGCAGCACUACCUCGAAGAAUUAUAAAAGAAACACAGCGUUUGAUGCAAGAACCUGUACCGGGAAUAAGUGCAAUCCCCGACGAAAGUAAUGCUCGAUAUUUUCAUGUUAUUGUAACUGGGCCUGAGGAUUCACCAUUUGAAGGAGGUCUUUUCAAACUUGAACUCUUUUUACCAGAGGAUUAUCCUAUGUCAGCACCCAAAGUGAGAUUUAUAACAAAAAUAUAUCAUCCGAACAUAGAUCGUCUCGGCAGAAUCUGUUUAGAUAUACUAAAAGAUAAAUGGAGUCCGGCACUCCAAAUUCGUACAGUAUUGUUAUCCAUUCAAGCUCUACUUAGUGCUCCCAACCCUGAUGAUCCCCUCGCCAAUGAUGUUGCUGAAUUAUGGAAAGUAAAUGAAUCUGAAGCUAUUAGGAAUGCUAAGGAAUGGACCCGAAGAUAUGCUAUGGAUACCUAAGUUCAUUUACACGAUAAUGCAUCAUUUUAAUAUUUACAAGAAUGGUUCUUACUUUUAAUUAUCGAACAGUUUUAAAUUGUGAAUAUGUGAGGUAUCAGUAUGUGGAAUUAACCAUCUUCCUCUGGCUUCAUGCUUUCCAUCUUUUCAGUUCAUAUUUCUAUAACUAUUCAAAUGCUGAAUGUAUUGAAAUUUUUGGGACUACAUGAAUUAUUCAAAUGUUAUGUGAUUUUUCUCAAUCUAUCAGUUUUAUAUUUAUCGAAAUUUAUUCUUGCAAUUCACAUGAAAUACUAUUAUCGAUUAUAUUAAGAAAUAUAGGGAGUUGAAAAUUGUAUGAAUUGUUGUAGAUUAGAGGAUUUGUAUUGGAUUUAAUUUGAAGGAAAGCCUUAAAAAAUAUAAUUUCCCAUGCAAUUAUAGCAUAUUGACAAGCUUA